AUGGAUGAGCUGUUCGACGUUUUCGACGAGCAGCCCGGUUCCAAGCGCAGUGCCGAGCCGCCCUCGCAGAGGCCUCAAAAGCCCGAGAAUUCGAAGAAGAAGAACUUGGACAAGAGCAAGAAGCGCAAGGCCGAUGGAGUCGUGAAGGAAGCGGGCCCAGAUGGAGACGUGGAUAUGGACGGUGUGGAUGGGACAUCAAACGACGAGGAACCUCCAGUGGAGGAGCCGGAAGAGCCUUCAGACACACAGUCGAAGCGACAGAAGAGGGUGGACGAAGCUGAGCCGGUCCUGACCGACUCUUUCCAAACCGCCGAGUCGAGACAAGUUGCAGCUGCUUCUGGUUUCACAGCGGUCAAGGAGACUGAGGCUUUGGUUCUGUCCCAUAACAUCCAGCAUCAGGUCGCUCUGCCGCCCGAUCUGGACUACGAAUACGUCCCGCUUUCCGAGCACAAGGCUCCUGACGAGCCAGCACGUGUCUACUCCUUCAAACUGGAUCCUUUCCAGAGUCUCUCUGUCGCAUCUAUCGAACGAGAGGAGAGUGUGUUGGUGUCUGCGCACACCAGUGCUGGAAAGACGGUCGUUGCUGAGUACGCCAUCGCGCAAUGUCUCAAGCGUAACCAGAGGAUCAUCUAUACCUCCCCCAUCAAGGCCCUGAGCAACCAAAAAUAUCGAGACUUUCAAGCAGAGUUCGGUGAUGUCGGUCUGAUGACUGGCGAUGUCACGAUCAACCCCACCGCAAGCUGUCUCGUCAUGACCACCGAGAUUCUGCGAUCCAUGUUGUACAGAGGCUCGGAGAUCAUGCGCGAAGUGGCGUGGGUCGUCUUUGAUGAGAUUCACUACCUACGAGAUAAGUCUCGCGGUGUUGUCUGGGAAGAGACGAUCAUUCUGCUGCCUGACAAAGUCCGCUACGUCUUCCUCUCGGCCACGAUUCCCAAUGCGUUCCAGUUCGCUGAGUGGAUCGCCAAGAUCCACAGGCAGGCCUGCCAUGUUGUCUACACAGACUUCCGUCCUACCCCUCUGCAAAAUUACUGCUUCCCAGCAGGUGGCAGUGGCAUUUUCCUCGUCGUGGAUGAGCGAGGUGUCUUCAAGGAGAAGAACUUCAACACGGCGAUGGCUCAAGUCGAGCUCAACAAGGGCGCCGAUUCUGCCGACCCGAAUGCUCGCCAGAAAGGCAAAGGCAAAAACAAGAAGAUUGCUAAGGGCCAAUCAGCUGAUGCCAAUUCCGAUAUCUCCAAGAUCAUCAGGAUGAUCAUGAAGAAGAACUUCCAUCCUGUGAUUGUUUUCAACUUCAGCAAGAGAGAGUGCGAGACCUUGGCACUCAAGAUCUCUGCCAUGAACUUCAACAACGACUCUGAGCAGACAAUGGUCAACAAGGUGUUUGAGAACGCUAUUGAGAUGCUAUCUGAGGAAGACCGAGAGCUACCCCAGAUCACGCACAUUCUUCCACUGCUCCGAAAGGGCAUCGGUGUCCAUCACUCCGGGCUGCUCCCCAUCCUGAAGGAAACGAUCGAGAUUCUCUUCCAAGAAGGCUUGAUCAAGGUGCUUUUCGCCACCGAGACCUUUUCCAUCGGUCUGAACAUGCCGGCAAGAACUGUCGUGUUCACGCAAGUGACCAAAUUCGAUGGUGUAUCGAGGCGACCCUUGACCUCGUCUGAGUAUAUCCAGAUGUCCGGCCGAGCUGGGCGAAGAGGUCUUGAUGACCGUGGUAUUGUCAUCAUGAUGGUUGACGACAAACUUGAGCCUGAGACUGCGAAAGCUAUCGUUGCCGGCCAGCAGGACCGCCUGAACUCCGCCUUCUACCUCGGCUACAACAUGGUGCUCAAUCUUCAACGUAUUGAGACUGUGUCACCGGAGUAUAUGCUGGAGAGAUGUUUUUUCCAAUUCCAGAAUGCGGCUAGUGUUCCGGCCCUGGAGAAGGAGCUCAUGAGCCUUCAGCAAGAGCGGGACAACAUGGUUAUUCCGGACGAGAACACUGUGAAGGAGUACUACAACAUCCGACGGCAGAUCGAGGCGUACACCAAAGAUAUGGUCUCGGUCAUCCACCAUCCGAGCUACUGUCUUGAAUUCCUCCAACCAGGCCGUCUAGUUCGUAUCAAAACUCCGGAUGGCGUCGACUUUGAUUGGGGAGUGGUUGUUUCCUUUACCCCUCGCAGCGAGCCCAAGGCUGGUGAGCCGGAGUUCCCGCCUCAAGAAUCUUAUUUCGUUGAUGUUGCUCUCUUCCUUGCGGAGGACAGUGAGAACUUCUCGCCGGCUGUGCCGAAUGGCAAUUUUAUGCCGCAAGGCCUCAUCCCCCCGGACGAUGGUGUUUACAAGAAACUGGAAAUUGUUCCAUGCCUUCUUAAUUGUGUUGCAUCCUUCGCUCAGAUUCGCGUAUUCAUGCCCGAUGAAGUACGGACAAACCAGGGCAAGGCUGGCCUUGGGAAGGUCAUCCGGGAGGUUAAGAAACGCUUUCCUGACGGUAUUCCCAUCCUCGAUCCUAUCGAAAGCAUGCGGAUCACCGAUGAUUCGUUUAAGAAAUUGAUGAGGAAGAUCGAGGUGCUCGAGUCGCGACUUCUCUCCAACCCUCUGCACGGCUCGCCCAAUUUGCCAGAGCUCUGGGAGAAGUACAAGGAGAAGGUCGAGUUGGGCGACAAGAUCAAGGAGAAGAAGAAGGCCAUUGCAAAGGCUCACAGCAUUGCUCAACUUGACGAGCUCAAGUCCAGGAAACGAGUGCUGCGACGACUUGGUUUCAUCAACGAUGCCGAGGUUGUGCAAAUGAAGGCGCGCGUUGCUUGCGAGAUUUCCUCGACUGAGGGCCACGAGUUGCUUCUAUCCGAGCUGCUCUUCAACCGAUUCUUCAACGAAUUAACUCCGGAGGUCUGCGCCUCGGUACUCAGUUGCUUCAUCUUUGACGAGCGGGUCGAGGCAACACCCCUGAAAGAGCAGCUUGCGAAGCCUUACCGCGAGGUGCAGGCCCAGGCCAGGAUCAUUGCCAAGGUCAGCAGGGAGAGCAAGCUUGACGUCAACGAGGAUGAGUACGUUGAGAGCCUCAAGUGGCAACUGAUGGAGACGGUGUUCACGUGGGCAAAUGGACGUUCCUUUGCGGAAAUCUGCAAAAUGACAAAUGCCUACGAAGGCUCGCUGAUUCGUCUGUUCCGUCGGUUGGAGGAACUUCUUCGGCAGAUGGCACAGGCAGCAAAGGUCAUGGGCAGCGAUGAGCUCACCCAGAAGUUCGAGCAGAGUCUGGAGAAAAUCAAGAGGGAUAUCGUGGCUGCACAGUCUCUCUACCUCUAA